AUGCUUACGAGGGAUGAUACGAGUUACGAGGAAUCCGGAGCAAUGUUGAAAAGAUUGGAUCGCGUUAAAAAUCCACGAAUUUGGGAGCAGUGCAUGUUGAAACGUCUGCAGGGAAUCUUGAUCGAUGUUUGGGAGGGUGGUGGCGACGAGGGGGGGAGGAGGGACUCGAGGACCGAGAAAACGGAGGUGCACGACAGUUUUCCGGAUUUAGUGGACCUCGUGGUGAAGGGUUACGGUGUUAGCGUGUACGAGGGUGUGGCUAGGAUCAGCGGGGAGGAUCGCUCGGACAAUCCCACGCUCGGAGAGUUGAAGAAGAUCGGCCCCAAGUGA